GCGAGGGGGGGACAGCCGGCUCUCAAUGGGCAGGUCUCUGUGAAGCGCAGCCUACCUGUUGGAGCUCAUUGCGGGAGACUGCCGUACCGGACCCACGCUGAUCGUGGAUCUGUAAGGAAACCCACUGCUCUUGCGAGGCAAUAACAGCCCAAACAUGUCUCCCAGACUAUUCGUCUGCGUCGUUUUGGUUGUGUACCACGGGACGCAAACCUGCAGCGGAUUUAACAUAGAUGAACGGUUUCCUGUUAUCAAAGAGGGACAGACCAAAGGGAGCUUCUUUGGAUUCUCCGUAGCUCUGCAUCAACAGACGGAGGGCUCCAGAAAGUACCUGCUUCUUGCAGGAGCACCCAAAGAGAAAGCUAAAUCUCUAAAAAAUGUCAAUGAAACAGGUGCCGUCUACUCCUGUCCCAUGACAACAGAUGCCUCCGACUGCUCCAGAAUGGACCUGGUCAGCACAACAAGUCCAUCUGAGAUGGUGGAGGGCAUGUGGCUUGGUGUGACAGUGGCCAGUCAGAGAGACCAGCCAGCGGGACGCGUGCUGGCAUGCGGGCAUCGCUAUGUGAAGAUCAUCCAAGGAGGCACAGAGGAGCAGCGACGGAUGAUAGGAAAGUGCUAUGUCAGGAGCAACGACCUGACCUAUGACCCCAACGAUGAGUGGCAGACCUACACGUAUGAGGUCUGCAACCCAAACCUCGACAUGGACCAUGAGGGCAUGUGCAACAUGGGCAUCUCAGGAGGCAUUACAGACACUGAUGUCUACAUUGGCGCUACAGGCAGCUACCUGUGGCAAGGAAAUGUUCAUGUAACGUGGAGAGAUCCAGAUCCAGUGACUUCCUGGGACUCUGUAGGCAAAGACUUUGGACAGCUGAAAAGACGAUACAGUUAUAUGGGUUACUCAGUUCUUGAAGAGAGGAAGCUGUUCAGCCAUGACGAGUACACAGUGGUGACAGGGUCUCCCAGGGACGAGUCCAAGGGCUCUGUGAUGUUUGGGAGAAAGACUGACAAAAAUAUCGAGAUGGUGCUUAUCAUUCCCGGGGAACAAGUGGGCUCGUACUUUGGGAGCAGCCUGGCUGUCACCGACCUCAACAAUGACGACUGGAAUGACUUGAUCGUGGGCGCCCCAUUUUACUUUGAUCGCAUGAAGGAUGAGGGAGGAGCGGUGUAUAUCUUCAUGAAUGAGAAUGGAUCGUUCCAAAAGACCGCCAGCGUGGUGCUGAAGGGUCCCUCGACCUCUGCAUUUGGCUUUGCAGUGGCUCCCAUCGGCGAUGUCAACCAAGAUGGAUUCCAAGACUUUGCAGUGGGAGCUCCAUUCCACGACACAGGGAAGGUUUACAUAUGGAUGGGAAGUGAAAAGGGAAUCUCAAAGGAUCCCAGUCAGGUAAUUGAGGGUAAGUCCGUGGGAAAGGGAGAAUUCCGCACAUUCGGCUACUCCAUCAAUGGAGGGAUGGACAUGGAUGAAAACAGUUAUCCUGACAUCUUAGUUGGCUCUCUGGACGACCGCAUGGCUCUGCUCAGGGCUCGACCAGUCCUCCACUUAACUACGGACUUAACUGUCGAGCCAAAGAUUGUGGACCCUAAUCAGUGUCUUGGAAGUACACCAUGCAUCACAGCGACUCUGUGUAUGUCUUUCACUCCAAGCAAUGGAAACAAAGACUUUAAGAAAAAUACCACGGUGAAGUACACGGUGGAGGCCGACAUGGAGAGGAGAAGAAGCCCUCGUGUUCGCUUUCACAACAAUGAUGACGACACGUAUACCGGCUUCCUGAGCCUGCCGUCUUCCAAAUCCCCGUGUCAUAUUCUGAAGCUGAUUGUAGUGGACCCUGUGAGUGACAAACUGGAACCGGUGGUCUUUUCCCUCAGCAUCUCCUUGCAUGAGCAGAAACCUAAAUCCAAACGAUCCCUGCAGAACCUUGACUCCUUCCCAAUUCUCAGUCAACAGCAGAAACUCACUCAAAGAACUGAGAUUAACUUUCAGAAGGAGUGUGGCUUGGACAACAAAUGUAGCAGUAACCUGCAGCUGACAGCCCAGUUUGUUGACAAAGAGCAUAUGCCUUACCCCAGGUACGGCAAAUUCCAGAAACUUCAGUUCAACAGCAAUAUGAAGAUAAUAAGGCUGAUGGUGGAGGUCACCAACAUUCCUGGUGGGGGGAAGCUUGGUGAAGACGCCCACCAGGCCAUGCUCAACAUCACCAUCCCUGAUGCACUGAGUUACUCUGCCGUCAGGUCGGCGGACCACGAUGUGCAAUGCGGUCUGCAUGAUACAGUGAUUUGUGAGCUGGGAAAUCCACUUAAAGGCAAUGAAAAGGUGUCACUUAUACUCAUAUUCGAGACCUCGGGGAUCAAUUUGUACACACAAGAGAUUGUGUCCCAGCUGCUUCUGUCCACUCUUAGUGAGCAGAGUGACAUGAAGCCUGUGCCUGUGGUCCUGCAGAUUGAAAACACCAUCAUCCCCUCCUUCUCCAUAGCAAACAUGCUGGUAAAAACGGAGUUCAGUGGGACGGUGAUGGGCGAGUCAGCCAUGGUAAACACCAAUGACGUGGGCAGUCUGGUGGAGUUCACCUUCAAUGUGGACAUGUGGGGACAGCCCCUGGGAGACAUGGGGACCCUGGCUGUGGAGUUUGAGUGGCCCUUUGAGGUAGCCAACGGCAAGUGGCUGCUGUACCUGACGAAGAUUUUGGUGAAAGGGGAAUCAGAGGUGGAAUGUAACCCUUCUGGAGAAGUUGUCAACCUACUUAACCUAACUUUGUCAGAGGGCGGACGAAAGCGCACUAAACGACAGAUCAUGGUGGAUGACGCUGAGACAACAAAGCCACAGAUUAUUGAGCCACAGGCAGCCGUCACAUUGCUCUCUCCUCGCAAAGAGACAUACCUGUUGGAAUGCUCAAAGGGUACAGCCCGAUGCGUGACGUUCACCUGUCCGCUGCUCAACAUGACGGAUUCAGCCAAAAUUUAUGUCCGGGCCCGUUUGUGGAACAGUACGAUGCUCGAGGACUAUUCCAACGCUCUGAGAAUUACGGUCAAAGGUCAAGCCACUCUGAAGCUCAUUACAGAUAAACCAACCAUCAGGAUGGACAGUCAGACCAACGUGUUCACAGUAGAAAUAGAACCACUGGAGGGGGUGGAGGCACCCUACGAGCUCCCGUUGUGGAUCAUCAUCUCUGCAGCUGUUGCGGGAAUUCUCCUACUGGGAGUAAUCAUUGUGAUACUAUGGAAGCUUGGAUUCUUCAAGCGAGCAAUCUACUACCGGAUAAUGCCAAAGCACCAGGGGGUGAAAAUUCGCAAGGCUGAGCGGUAUCAGUUCAAUCUUGGAUUUCAGCCUGAGGAGCCACAGAAAAAGUAUUGGAUCACCAACUGGACAGAGAUGCAGCAUUACUACUACUGAAGCCUUUACUUUGGGCCUUGAACCACUCACACUGGUUUCACACGAGUCAAACAAAGAACAUUAGGCUCGGUCGAGCCACGUGCAUGGAAAAACAUUGGAUAGUGCAGUCCAUUUUUUUUCCUGUUAAUUAGAUAUAAUUUCAGUGCAAUAUGCUGAAGAGUUUGUUUCAGAGAUUGUAUUUUUGAUGAAUUCAGUGUUGGAAUCCAGGUUGCAUUCCAGAGCAAAUUGUAAAUUGAUUUGAUUAUUGUGUUUGCAUAUAUUUUUCCAUUUUAUUCUUUGAAUCCUCAAAGCAAAGUUGCUGGUCAUUCCUCAUUUUUAUUUCCACCAAGUCCGUUUUCCUCAGAGGACUGAUCUUCUCUGUGAUUGUGUGUGUUUUUCCUGCUCAGUCCCCAGGUAUCACUUUGUGGUCAGCAGUUGUAGGUUCUGUAAAGGUUUUAAACCUACAUCAAUCUUUUAGGAGUUUGUUUUCAGACUGCACUUCGAAUACGCUGACCAGCAGCCACUCUGUUAUGAUUGUCUUUAUGUGAAUGUCCAUGUCAGUGUUUGGCAAGCAUUACAAAGACUAGCAUCUCAAAUACAGUUAUGAUUGUGGCACUGUCCUCCAGAAGUGCAAUAAACACCUUUUGUGUUUUUUAGCCUACAUAGAAAAAAUAUUUCCCGAGUUUCAGGAAAUAAUUUCAGGAAAUAAAUACAGAGAGGUACAAAGAAAAAACGGUUUUAAUUGGUGAGUAAUAUACAGCCCAGCUUGACAUGAAAAGGGUCAUCCAAGCACCCCUUCAACAAGUUUAAAAGCAAUAGCUUCUUGUCUGUAUGUAGAAAUAGAAAACCUGUGUUGAUGGGAGAACAAUUAGAUUAUUUAUUACUGUCUUGUGUUAUUACAGUAAAGAACUUAUCUUUAAAAAAUAUCACAAUAGGGAGUCAUGACACUGGAGUAAAUAAUACAUGACAUUGUGUAUGUGUGAAGACUGUAAGCUCUGGCAUAGAUAAUUGUUAUAAAUUGUACAUAAAGACAGGUAAUCAAGGAAUUGACUAUUUGAAUGAAUGCAUCCGUAACUGGCCUUUGUUGUUUCACUGUGCCUAGGCUUUUUAUUUUUGUAUGAAACUGUAACCUGCACUCAGAUUAUUUCCAAGCCUUUGUGGUCCCCAUUGAGGUCAACUCGCAGCACAGACUAAACUGGACCAGAAGAAGACUGUCAUUGAACACAGUCUGAUGGGACUAUGUGUUGAGUUACCACUCUAUUGUGCGUUACUUGAGAAACCACAAAUUGUGAAUUUGGCUGUUACAGACGCUCCAUUGACUCUGUAAGUAAAGAGGGAAGGGCUAAAACCAAUGCACAAUCUCUGUCAUGGUGUUUUUUUACUGUGCAGUCUCAUUGUAAUUAAAUUGUUUUUAACAA